AUGGAGGCGAAGAGCGAACAUCGAAAACAUUUCUCAGGCGAAUCGUCUCAAAGUUCGAACAAUCAGCUACUGUACCCGAAUUUUCUGGAUCAAGCCUCAGAACAAGAGGAGAGCGCCGAAUAUAGAAAGGGAGGCUAUCACCCCGUCCACAUUGGAGACCAAUAUCAUGGAAGGUACUAUGUGAUUAGAAAAUUAGGCUUUGGUAGUUAUUCUACUGUUUGGCUUUGUUGGGAUCAGAAAGACAAACAUUUUGUGGCUUUGAAAAUUCUAAAAUCCGCUUCAAUUUAUACCAAUAUUGCUUACGAAGAAAUUAAAAUUCUCAGAAUCAUUAAUGGAGCUGAUCCUCGAGAUCCCAACCGGUACAGAACAGUCCGACUUCUAAAUGAUUUCAAAAUUACUGGUGUCAAUGGACAACACAUUGGCCUAGUCUUCGAAGUCACUGGCUGUAAUUUGUCAAAAUUAUUAUUACAAUCCAAUGGCCGAGGCCUUCCAUUAGCUAAUGUGCGUACAAUAGUGAAACAAGUUUUAGAAGGUCUAGAAUAUUUACACUCUAAAUGUAAAAUAGUUCAUGGGGAUUUGAAACCAGAGAAUCUUCUCAUAUGCGUGAAGGAAGAUUAUAAUACAAAACUAGCUUCUGAAGUUGCUAAAAUAUAUCGAUUCGGAAUAAAACUACCCGCUUCCAUGGUAGCCAAUGCACCACUACGCAGAAUGAGUUCACUGAAGAUAAAAAGGGCGAAUAAAAGACGAAUAUCAUCUUUCAAGUGGCAACUAAAACUUAUUAUGGACACCAUUGAAGACAAUAAAAAAGCCGCUCCAUCAGUUAUGAAUACUUCUAACUCUCCUUCCCCAUCCACAAGUUGGAGCAGUGAUGAAAAGCCAGAACUCAAUCCAGCCUUUGUUAACAGUGAAAUGGAAGUUAAAAUUGCUGACCUCGGACUAGCUUGCAGAAUUGGCGGACCGCUUUAUGAAACCAUCCAAACUAGACCAUAUAGAUCUUUAGAAGUUCUACUUGGAGCCGAGUAUGAUACUUCAGCAGAUAUUUGGAGCACCGCCUGCCUAACAUUCGAACUAGCCACUGGACACGACUUAUUUGCAUUAGAAUGUGGAGAAACUUACCCGGACGAAAACCAUUUGGCUCAAAUUAUAGAGUUGUUGGGAGACAUUCCAAAAAAAAUUGUCCAAAGUGGCACAAAGUCCCACCUAUUAUUCAACAAGCAAAACAAGCUUUGUCAUAUCGAACAAUUACAUCCCUCAAGUUUGGAAGAUAAAUUGCGGAAAAAAUAUGAUUGGUCCGUGAGGGAUGCCCAAGAGUUUGCUGCUUUCCUUUUACCAAUGUUGCAGUUUGAUGUAAACAAAAGAGCUACCGCAUCGGAAUGUUUGAAGCACCAAUGGCUGAAACUCAAUAAAUCCCUGUAG